CUCUUUAAAAUAUUUAUUGGUAGAGAAAAAAAUAUCCAGACAUUGUAUGUGCUUGUAUAAUAUACUUAUAUACAUCAAUGAAUUCGGCCACUGCGUCAACAAAUCGAAUUCGAACUUGUUUUAGCUAAUAAAGCAACAAAUAAAAUACGUCAUAAUCAUACAUCAUUUCAGAUCGUUGCUAAAUUUAUCUGAGUUUCGAUCAGAUGGGCUGUCGCCGAUUUUCUGGAGGAGGACAUCACCCACACGGAGGUCCGCCACCCCCUCGUCACCAUCACCACCAUCGUGGCAGACAUGGUGGUGGUAGACACUGUGGACACGGACCCCAGCACCAGCCUUUUCCACCACCCCCUCAUCGUCCCCAUGGACAUGGAAGCCACUUUUGGGAGGGAUACGGUCCACCUCCACCACCGCCCCAUUAUCCACCACCGGGGGGAUAUCCGUAUGGUGGCCACUAUUGGCAGGGAUAUCCUCCUCCGCCACCUCCGCCUCCUUCAUCACACCACCCCCCACCAUCUGGAUCUCCAGCAGGAGGGUGUCCGCAUUGUGGUUGCCCAGGAGGCGGUCCACCUCAAAGUGGAUCUCCCGGUACCGAAAGACCUCACAACGAAUCCUCAAACGACGAUCAGCAUGGCAGCUCCCAAUCUCCAAUUCCCGGUGACGAAGUCCCUACUGAUGAAAUACCUGGAAAAAAUAAAUACGAAAUCAUUGAUCUUUAGACAAAAAACAAA